AUGCUUGAAGGAAUUGUCGGGGGUUGGCGGGUAUGGGUAGUGGGGGGCCUAUGGGAAGGUGGUAGACGUGGGAACAAUUGCCUUCAUUUUAUUGAUGAUAUCGAGGGUUUUUUGGAUUGCGAGAAAGAUGUCCUGGCCGUCUUUGAGUCUGCGCAAGUUGAAGCAAUGGGUCUCACAGUAUUUGUUUUUGAUGCAGUCGCGCAAUUGAUAAAAACAAAGUCUUUCCCACCGCGUUCAAACUGUUGUUUACCGUCAAAUACGGUGAUGAGAUUGUAUUGUGGGAGUAAGAGUUCGCACUUGAGCGGGAGCGUACGUUUCAUACCUGGCAAGCUUAUUUGUUGGUGGGAGACGUGCAGUGGUAGUUUCAAGCCAUGCGCGGAUCCUUCUUUCGAUUUCGUUUUGAGAUUCGCAACAGAUGCGCACUCUCUGCUUUGGACGUUGCUUACCUGUUGGGAGAUAAUGCUUUUGACACUUUUUGCAGAAUAUCGAGACAAGAUCGUGCAAUGUGGUCGAGAACGAGUUGAUCGCGAUCGUAUGAGGAAUCGUGAAUGGCCCUUGAUCUGGCGAUGA